CUUUCUCUCUCCCUCUCUCUCUCUCUCUAAGUUGAACCACCAUCCUAUCUAGAAAUUAGAAAGAGCCAAAGACCCUCUUUUGCUCUUGUUUGUUCCUACAUACCCUGUUGCUGUUGUUGUUUCUUGGGCGUCAACAUUUUCUAAUAAAAACAGUGGCCAGUUUUAUGAGCAGUUAGCUACCAAAGUUAGAUAUCCAAAAUCUCUUGUUUUGCUUCUUGUUAUAUCCACUUCUGUAUUUAUAAGCAAAUUAAUUGGUUAAUCAGUAAAUGGCAUCAUCGCCUUCGGAACUAAGCCUGGACUGCAAGCCCCACAGCUACUCCAUGCUCCUCAAAUCUUUUGGAGACCUGCAGGCGUCUCAUCACCAUGACCAGUCUCAGACUCAGAAGCUUGAAGAGUUCCUCUCCCGCCUUGAAGAAGAAAGACUCAAGAUUGAUGCUUUCAAGCGCGAGCUCCCUCUUUCCAUGCAACUCCUCACCACUGCGGUGGAGGCUUCAAGGCAGCAGCUUCAAGCUUACAGAGCAAAUAUUCAAGGGCCAAAUAGGCCAGUGCUUGAAGAAUUCAUACCUCUUAAACAUUCACCGACUGAAGGCUCAGAAAAAACUACAAACACCACUUCUGAUAAGGCAAAUUGGAUGACCUCUGCCCAACUGUGGAGCCAAGCAAGUGAUCAUAUCAAUGCAACCAAACCCCAGUCCAUAACAUCCCCAAAAGAAACCGAUAUCGGCUUUAGUGUCAGCCCCAAGCUCGGCUUAGACGCCAAGCAGCACAGAUCCUAUGGAGGAGGAGCUUUCCAUCCAUUUUCCAAAGACCGCAACUCUUGCCCAAGCCCAACUUUGCGGCCUCUCCCAGAGCUGGCUCUUGCCUCCCCAGAGAACAACAAGGCAGCAGAGAUGUUAAUGGAGGACAAGAUCAUCAAGUCAUGUAAUAAUUCCGAGACCACCCAUGAGAAUGGAAUGAUUAAUUCAUCAGCUAAUAAUGGCAAUUGUAGUGAACAAGCUAAAUUAUUAGCAACCGGUGGAAUUAAUAAUUCAAAUAUAUCAGAGGGGCAAACACAGACAACAACAACCACAGCCACCAACAAUCAAUCUCAAUCUCAAACUCAUAGGAAGGCAAGGAGGUGUUGGUCUCCUGACUUGCACCGGCGGUUCGUUCAUGCGCUUCAAAUGCUUGGUGGUUCUCAAGUGGCGACCCCGAAACAGAUCAGAGAGCAGAUGAAGGUUGACGGUUUGACCAACGAUGAAGUUAAAAGCCAUCUGCAGAAGUACAGGCUCCACACAAGACGACCGAGCCCUAACCCACAAGCAGCCGGAGGCCCAACGCCUCAACUGGUAGUCCUAGGUGGCAUCUGGGUCCCGCCAGAGUAUGCCAACGCUGCACACAAUGGCCCCACAGCCCUUUACAGCCCACACCCUGGCUCCCAUGCACCAACUCACUACUGUGCAACCCCAAUGCCCCAAGACUUCUACACCACGCCCCCACCGCAGCAAUUGCACCACCACACCCUCCACCACCAGCUCCACGUGUACAGGGCUUCCACUACCUCCAACACUCACAGCUCCCCCGAGUCCGAUGGCCGCGGGGCCUGCGGACGGUCAGAGAGCAUCGAAGAUGGCAAGUCCGACAGCAGCAGCUGGAAGGGUGCAGAGAGCGGUGGUGAUCAGAUGAACGGAGGAGAUCAUAGAAAAGGAGGGGUGGCUUCGAGGAGAUCAGAAGAUGCUGAGGACAGUAAUGGAAGUCAGAUCACGCUCAAGUUCUGACCUUGUGGUGGUCAGGGCAUGAGGGAGGUUUUGGGUUAGGGUUAGGGUUAGGACUAAUUAAAAAUUAGGGCUACCAUUUGUAUGUUUGUAUGCGCUAAUCCUGUUUAAUUCUCAAUUUAUCAUUAUUCAUGUGAUAUGAUAUAUUAUUAUAUCGACCGUGUGAGUUUUAGUUUUAGGGUCUUUAGAGAGGGUAAAAACGUCAUAACGGGAAAAGUGAGUGUUUGUUUUAUUUUCCUUUUCUUUUUCCUUUAGAUUGAUUCUAUUUGAAGGAAUAAUUCACAUAUAUAAAAAUGUGCUUUCCACCA